AUGCUCGCAUCUGUUCGUUCUAGUCUCAUUCGUGGUGUUAGAUACUCACACACUGCUGCCAUCAACAAUACGGUCCCUGCUCCUCGAGGUCAAAUUCAAGAUGUGUCUACAUUUUUAAAAGCAAUUGGCCGUGGUUGUGAUGAAGUUGCAGGCAAAUUCGAGACUUGGGAUCAAUUAUUUACCACUGGCAGUCGAGCCAUGAAGACUGACAUGGGCAUUAGCACAAAGCAAAGAAAGUACAUUUUGAGCUGGUUGGAAAGAUACAGAAAUGGCGUUGAGCCUUAUGCCAUUGCUGUUCCUGGCCCCAAAAAGAAGUAA